UUGGACAUUGCCCGAGGGCCGGGGGUCAGUAGGGGGCCCGUGAGAGGAUCACUGUCCAGUGACAGGUGUUGUGUGGGUGUGCUUGAGUGUAGGUGGGGGCACAGGGGGCCCCAUUAUCUCUUACUGCCCGGGGGCCCCAUGAGUUGUCAGUCUGUCCCUGAUAGGAACAUGAUAACUAUUAUCCUUUAAUCACAGGGACCUUCAAAUGUGGCUCUUGUAAUCAGUGCAGCUAUAUUUCCACAAGUAGGGAAUAGAGACUGCCAAAU